AUGGUGAAAGCACCAUGCUAUGACAAAAACGGAUUGAAGAAAGGUGCAUGGAGUGAAGAUGAAGACAACAAGUUAAGAACAUACAUCCAGAGAUAUGGCCACUGGAACUGGGGUUUACUUCCCAAGUUUGCUGGUGUGUCUAGAAGUGGCAAAAGUUGCAGGUUGAGAUGGAUGAACUAUCUUCGUCCAAACAUGAAACAUGGAAACUUUUCGAAACAAGAAGAUGAUCUAGUUAUUGAUUUGCAUAACAAGCUAGGCAACAAAUGGUCUAGGAUAGCUGCAAAGUUACCCGGAAGAAGUGACAACGAAAUAAAAAAUCGUUGGAAUACACAUUUGAAGAAACGAGUUCAGGGUGACCAAAGUGGCUCAACGUCCCUCGGACCUGAUCAUGAUCACGCUAACCCUAAAGUGAAUCUUGUUAAAGAAACAUAUGGCUCGAGUAACAUUACAGCGCCUACACUAGACGAUGAAACGGCUGGUGAUUUUUGGACUGAGCCAUUUCUACCAGACGAUGAUAUCUUCGUACCAUCGUGCAAUUACUUGUUGUCACCUUUUAACUUUGAAUUCAAUGACUACUUCAAUUGUCAAUCUUCUUGCCAUGAUGUGAUGACAAGUGAUGAGUUUCUAUGGUCAACAUUGGAUACAUAUGUUGAAGAUAAUAUGGAGUGA